AUGGUGCAGCACCGGAGAUGCUAUUGUCCGUACAAAGAUUGCUUGGGGUUGAUCGAGAAGGAAAACGAUGGCUGCGGCGACGACAUGACGGAGACGGAGUGCCCCUAUUGCCGGCGGCGCGUGUGCGUCCGGUGCAAUUCCACGUGGCAUUCGGGGAUUGGGUGUGACAAGCUCCCUGACGAGAAGCUUCAUCGACUGGCGAAGGGGAUGCAGUGGAAGAGAUGCCCCGACUAUAAACUUUACGUCGACAGGACUAGCGGAUGCAGCUUUAUCCAUUGCAGGGAGAGAAACUGCGACGAAUUGGUCGCCGCCGCCGGCUGCGGCCUCAAGUUCUGCGGCCACAAGUUCUGCAGCCACUGUCUGACGUGGCACGUCGCCACAAUCCUAAAAUCUAAGAGAGACCCAACUGUAUGGCUAUACAUCAACGACCAAUUGAAGCUCAACUGUCCCGUCGACCGCUGCGACGGAUUCAUCGACGGCGGCGCGUGCUCCGGCGUCUUGCCGGAGAAGAUGGUGGCGCAGUGGGAAGACGCCGCCUGCGUGACGAGGAUCCCACUUUGGCGGAGAUUUUACUGUCCAUACAGCGACUGCGCGGCGCUGAUCGAGAAGGAUUGCGACGAGGGGGAAGUCGACGAGUGGGACAUGACGACGGAGGCAGAGUGUCCGUACUGCCGCCGGAAGAUGUGCGUUUGGUGCAAUGUGCCGUGGCAUUCGGGGGUCGGGUGCAGCGAGUUCAUCGACAGUUUGGAUGAGGAUGAAGUCGAGCUUCGUCGGCUGGCCAAGGCGAAGAGGUGGCAGAGAUGUCCCGAUUGUAAGUUGUUCGUCGACCGGGCGGACGGGUGCGACCAUAUCCGUUGCAAGUAA